AAAGGGAAGGCGGGCUACGCGCUCUCCCCCAAACUCCGUCCGGCGCCUCGCAUCCGUGUCCAUCGGUUCUUACCGUCUCUCGUGAGCCCCCCACAGUGAAGAUGGUGAAGCAGAUCGAGAGCAAGUCUGCUUUUCAGGAAGCCUUGGAUGCUGCUGGAGAUAAACUUGUAGUAGUCGACUUCUCAGCCACGUGGUGUGGGCCUUGCAAAAUGAUCAAGCCUUUCUUUCAUAACCUCUCUGAAAAGUAUUCCCAUGUGGUGUUCCUUGAAGUAGACGUGGAUGACUGUCAGGAUGUUGCUUCAGAGUGUGAAGUCAAAUGCAUGCCAACGUUCCAGUUUUUUAAAAAGGGACAAAAGGUGGGUGAAUUUUCUGGAGCUAAUAAGGAAAAGCUUGAAGCCACCAUUAAUGAAUUACUCUAAUCAUGUUUUCUGAAAACAUAAAUGGCCAUUGGCUAUUUAAAACUUGUAAUUUUUUUUAUUUGCAAAAAUUAUGAAGUAUGGAGACUAUAUACCCAACUGCCAUCUGAUUAUAAAUGAUAAUAAAAUAUUAAUUCUACCCUUUUUAAUA